UUUGUGCUCCAAGGCUCUUGUGAAGAAUGAACAGCCAGGAUCCCUCAAGCCUGCUCUUCCAUUGCUCAAACCAAUCAAAUUUCUCAUUGAAAACUUCAGAGCAAUGUGGCAAGGAAACACAUCUGGAGAACAUCCUUUUUGCCACCUUCUAUUUCCUUGACUUCAUCCUGGCCUUUGUUGGCAAUGCCCUAGCCCUCUGGCUCUUCAUCCGGGACCGGAAGUCUGGCACACCUGCCAACAUUUUCCUGAUGCACCUUGCUGUGGCCGACCUGUCCUUUGUGCUGGUACUUCCCACCCGGUUGGUGUACCAUUUUUCAGGUAAUCACUGGCCAUUUGGUGAGAUCCCAUGCAGACUCAUGGGCUUCCUUUUUUACCUCAACAUGUAUGCCAGUAUCUACUUCCUCAUGUGCAUCAGUGUCGACCGUUUCCUGGCCAUUGUGCACCCCGUGAAGUCUAUCAAGCUCCGCAGGUCCCUCUAUGCCCAUCUGGCAUGUGCCUUUCUCUGGGUUAUAGUUGCUGUUGCGAUGGCACCACUGCUGAUCAGCAUGCAGACUGUACAGGUGGACAACACAACAGUCUGCCUACAGCUCUACAGAGAAAAGGCAUCACGCCACGCUCUUGUGUCCUUAGCAGUGGCUUUCACCUUCCCAUUCGUUACUACAGUGACUUGCUACUUAUUAAUCAUCCGAAGCCUGAAGAGUGGCAACAGGGUGGAGAAACACCUAAAGGAAAAAGCAAUCAAGAUGAUUGUUGUGGUGCUAGUCAUCUUUCUGAUUUGCUUCGUACCUUACCACGUCAAUCGCUACAUUUAUAUCCUGCAUUAUGACGGGACCAAGACUUCCUGCGAAACGCAGCGCAUUCUGGCACUCGGGAACCGCAUUACUUCCUGCCUCACCAGUCUAAAUGGUGCUCUUGACCCAAUCAUGUAUUUUUUUGUAGCAGAGAAAUUCCGUGAGGCUUUGUGCAAUCUGUUUUGUGGUAAAAAGACUGUAAUGCUGCCUCAGACUUACGAGGGUAAGACAAAUGAAAGCUCACUAAGUGCCAAAUCUGAACUGUGAACGUAAUUCUUGCUAAUGCUUCCACGUAAGAAGACUAUUCCACCAAACCAGCCAAGAGAGCAGGCGCGCACCUAUACAGACAAGGGACAGCCAACCCAGAGUCAAACUCAUUUCUGAGGAGGGAAGUUCUGUCAU